GAAAAGCCCUAUCUGCCGAUACUAGACCGAAAAUCUGGACACCAUCAUUUGCGCUGCAGUACCAACUGGAAAUCCACAUUAUUAGAGAGACUAUGUUUACGCAGGAACAUGGCAGGAAGAUAUACCAAUUGCAGAAGACCCAGCCUGGGUAAAUCCUUCUCUCGUGAUUAAUCUCAAAGAUAGAUCGGAGAGGAUUGACCCCGCAAUGUCGGUCGUUGACCACAAUCACAACUUCCUCCGCCACCGGCACAAUAUUUUCCUCCUUCGAUGAUGCCGCAACUUCCAUCAUUUCUACCACCACCGCCACCACCACCAGCCGCCUCAUCACCUGAUACAUUUAGUGUUACAUUAUUGGAAAGCCUUACUAAAUUCGCCCUGGGUUUGAUGAAUCUCGCUCCCGCUAGUGGUAAGAAUGGUCGUGGUCGGAAAGAAUCCUUCAUCAAGGAUGCAAGCAACGCCAAAGUCAAAGAUCGGACUCAAAGCCCUAAAGCUCAGACUAAGACUAUAACUUACCGCGAAGGAUCAUCCCUCCGCACAUCCAAUUUCAAGUUGGCAGAUCGCAUGACGUUUCCUGAUCCCAAAUGGGUGACUGAUAGAAGAACAAGCAACUUAAUUGGACAUGAUGAAGAUGCUGCCUCGGAUCAUUUCUCGGAAAAUGAUGCUCGCUCUGACACUGAGGAAGCUCUGGAAGACGCGGCAUCGGCAGCAAAAGCGGCUAGAAAAACAAUUAGCAUCCGUAAAAUCGGGCGAGAGCAAAAGCCAAGCGCCAUGCAAUCAAAGUCAAAGAAGACACCGAUUCCGCCACCGCCGCCACCGCAAAAGCCAACUUCGAUCAAGACGCCGAGGCCGAAUCAGUCAGAAAAGCUACUGAAGACCGGAUCAGGAUGAAUGCCGCGCUCAUGAGCUUCCUUGUCAGUAUAUCAAGCUUGAGCCUAAGGAAUAAGAUGAGGAGAAGCAACCAGAGGCCAAUAAUGGCUUCCAGUUGCUUGCUCCUUCCGGA